CUCCCAAAAUUGUGACCUUAUAAUCCGCCAUUCUUAGAAAGCAAAUUUUCCGCAGUCCAAACAGGUCCCCCAUUUCCUUUCUCGCUCUCAAAGUCUCAUCCAGAUUCCUUUCUCUUCCCAAAGUUUUCAGUUUCCAUAUUCCCUCAAAAUGACCUAAAUACGGAGUGAUAAUAUAUAUCAUGUAGUAAGUAGUAACUGCUUCUGCCUUCAAGCAUUCUUUGCCAGAUUUUUCCAGCUAUUCUCAAUGGGGUGGAUGCUUAGAUAGCUGACAGUGAAGUACAUAGAGAAAUGAAAGACCUGCCAUCUGGAUUAAUUAUUGGAAUUUCCAUUGGGGUAGUGAUUGGAGUGAUUUUGGCUAUACUUGGACUUUUCUGCUUUAGAGUACAUAGAAAACACUCUCAGAUAGGGAAUAGCAGCUCAAGGAGAGCUGUUACAAUUCCAAUUCGUCAAAAUGGUGCUGAUGCAUGCACAACAUUGUCAGAUUCCUCUGUUGGUACCGAGUCACCAAAAACAACCACCCAAAAUGGGACAUCCAUAUGGCUUGGGAGCCUUAGGAAGACAAAUAUGGUAUCUGCAACUGGGAUUCCGGAGUUUUCUUACAAGGAUUUACACAGAGCAACUUACAAUUUUUCCACAUUGAUUGGCCAAGGGGCCUAUGGGCCUGUUUAUAAAGCUCAGAUGCCAACUGGUGAGACUGUUGCUGUUAAAGUGCUUGGAACAGAUUCUAAACAAGGAGAAAAAGAGUUCCACACAGAGGUCAUGCUACUUGGAAGGUUACAUCACAGAAACCUUGUGAAUUUGGUUGGAUAUUGUGCAGAGAAGGGUCAAUACAUGCUUAUCUAUGUCUACAUGAGUAGAGGUAGCUUGGCUUCGCAUUUGUAUGAUGAGGUACUAGAGCCAUUGAGCUGGAAUUUGAGGGUUCAAAUUGCCCUUGAUGUUGCAAGGGGCUUGGAGUAUCUUCAUGACGGGGCAGUCCCUCCUGUGAUACACCGAGAUAUCAAGUCUUCCAAUAUUUUGUUAGAUCAGUCAAUGCGUGCCAGGGUUGCUGACUUUGGGCUUUCAAGGGAAGAGAUGGUUAACAAACAUGCUUCUAACAUACAAGGAACAUUUGGAUAUCUUGAUCCUGAGUAUAUAUCAACAAGGACAUUCACCAAGAAGAGUGAUGUUUACAGCUUUGGUGUAUUACUCUUUGAACUUAUUGCAGCAAGAAAUCCUCUUCAGGGCCUUUUGGAGUAUGUUGAACUAGCUGCUAUGACAACAGAUGGGAAGGGUGGCUGGGAGGAGAUAGUGGAUUCCCGUCUUAAUUGGAAGUAUGAUGUGCAAGAACUUAAUGAUGUGGCAUCUCUUGCAUACAAAUGUGUCAACCGCGAACCCAAGAAAAGGCCUUCCAUGAGAGAUGCUGUGCAGGUUCUAGCAAGGAUACUCGAAUCCAGACGCAGAAAAGAGCAUCACAAACAAUUGGCUGCCACACCGGAAGAGGUUAGCAUCAAUGUGGACCAGCUAGAUCAUCGGAGCCCAAUAUCUGGACACCGGCGGGUGGAAUCUGUGGACAGCACCACCGAAUCUUGUUAAAUUUGAAUAUUUGAUUACAGUUUCCCACUUCAACUUUUUCUUUUCUUUUCUAGUUUUGAUUUGUAAUAUAGCUUCACAAAUCCAGAAAUUAGGCCCCUCAUAGUCUGUAUGAUAUCUCUUUACAUUUUGCUCUCAUUUUUCCUUCGAUCUGUAUAUUCCGAUAAAUGGUUAGAAAAGAGUGAAACAUUUCCUUGUUUCAAGGUAUUUUGACAGCCUCAGCUUCAUUCUGUUGCUGCUGGGGAUGAACAGGCCUCUAAAGUUUUGGCUAAUUGGCUCUCAUUCCAUGUCCAGGCUUCAAUGGCUACAUAUGUACCUUUUGCAGAUUGGAAAAUUUUUACUUUUAGCAA